CCGGGGACCGGAGACCCGGCGGCCGCUUCGGACUCGGGCGAGAUCGACGCAAGGUCAGCGGCGGACGCGCACGGGGGCCGCCCGUGUGCCCGGUGCGCGGCGGGGACUCCCGCGAGCUGGCUGGAGGGCUCCCUGGAAUAUCCAGAAGUUGAUUCCAUCAUGGCAGAACUCAAGGUGGAGACCCGGGCCAGCGUGGAUUGGCAGAAGCGCUGCCUGGCCCUGGAAACCCAGCUUUUCCGAUUCCGCCUGCAGGCCAGCAAGAUAAGGGAGCUGCUGGCUGACAAGAUGCAAGAGCUGGAGCAGAGGCUGCUGGAGGCAGAGCAGAGAGCAGAGAACGCAGAGACCCAGGCCCAUUGGCUGCAGAGAAUUCCAUGGCCAUCUAACUACAAGAGGGCUGGGAAGUUCCAGGAAGUUCAUGGACAUUCAGUGGGUGUGAUGGAGGAGAAGGUGAAAUUGUCCAACCUGAGGCAUGUGGACUCAGCAGGCAGCCUACACCAGAAGUACCAAGAGUUGCUGAAAGCCAUGAAGGGCAAAGAUGAGCUCAUUGGCCGGCUGGAGGCGCAGCUGGAGAAGCAGAAACAGAUGAGAGCUGAAGAAGCAAAAGUUGUUCAAGAAAAAGCUGCAAAGAUCAAGGAAUGGGUGACACUGAAGUUAGCAGAGCUUGAGAUGGAGAAUCAGCACCUGAAAAGCUGCAAUCAGCACCUGGUGGAGCAGGUGGGAGCCCUUCAAGAUGCUCUACAAGCUCUUCAGAUGGCACCUUCAGGGAAGCUGCUGGUAGCCCCCCAGGGACCUGCAGAGCAGGCUUCUGUCCCUUCAGGGCUAGGAGCCCAGCCAGUGGGACAGGACAGUGAUCUUCAGGCCCAGGGUGCCCUGAAGGCAGCUAUCCCUGCACCUUCUCCAGGUACUCUGCAGAGCAAGGACUCUGUUCCUAAAGCAGGAAGCCCCUUGGAGGAUUCUAGUUCCAGCAUGGUCCACCCUGGAGAAAUAUCAGAGGCCAAGACCCUUCCACCUCCUCUGGGAAGACAGGGCUCUCCUGGCCAGCUGUGCCUGAAGUCUCGCACCCCCAGGAAUGGUUUGGCUUCCUGGGGUGAGGGCCUGGUCACUGCUCAGGGAGGGACGCUCCCUGCAACAAAGACCUCUGCCAGGGAAGGUGGCCCUGGCUGCAGCCUGACCCUGCCGAAGGUGCGGGCUCCCAGCAACCCCCGGGACAGCAUCCAGCUGGCCAAGCGGCACCACAGCCAGCCCCAGGUGGGCCCUGGGCACUUCAACCACGUGGUGAGCAUUGAGAUUGGGACUCUCUCAGCCCUUCACCCUUCUACCCUUCCCGGAGUGGUGGCCCAAGCUGAGCUCCGGGAGGAACCAGAGAAGAUGGAGAUGGAGGAGCAACCCCCAGCAGGGAAGAAGGAGGCCUCCAGAGCUGAGCUAGAGGAAGUGGAUUUGGAGAACAAACCGCCCACACCCCCCCUGCACCGGUUUCCAUCCUGGGAGAGCCGGAUCUACGCUGUGGCCAAGUCAGGCAUGCGGCUGUCGGAGGUGUCCGCCAGAAGUAACGCUGCCUGCUGCGCUUCAAGCCCUCCUGCCCUUGCACCCCCUGGGCCCUUCUCUGGCCUUGUCUACAAGAACGUCACCGUACCUGUCUACACAGCCCUGAAGGGGAGAGCCACGCAGAUCAGCGCGGUGCCCUUUGUGGAUGAGUCCUCUGGGUCGGACGAUGACUGCUGCUCCCAAGCGAGCUUCCGAACUUCAGUCACCUGCUCUGAGUCUAGGAAGACCAGCGGAAUGGGCAGCCCCCGGGCCAUCAAGAGAGGUGUCUCCAUGUCCUCACUGAGCUCCGAGGGUGACUACGCCAUCCCCCCAGACGCCUGCUCCCUGGACAGCGACUACUCGGAACCCGAGCACAAACUACAGCGCACCUCGUCCUACUCCACUGAUGGGCUGGGCCUGGGUGGGGAGUCACUGGAGAAGUCGGGCUACCUGCUGAAAAUGGGAAGCCGGGUGAAGACAUGGAAGAGGCGCUGGUUUGUCCUGAGACAGGGACAGAUUAUGUACUACAAGUCGCCGAGUGACGUCAUCCGGAAACCUCAAGGUCAAGUGGAACUGAACUCGCGUUGCCAAAUUGUUCGAGGGGAAGGUGCACAGACAUUCCAGCUCAUCUCCGAGAAGAAAACCUAUUACCUGACGGCUGAUUCCCCCAGCCUGCUGGAAGAGUGGAUCCGAGUCCUGCAGAGCCUGCUGAAGGUCCAGGCCAUUGGGCCUCCAGCCCUGCCCCAGGCUGGCACCAAGCCCACCGUGAAGGGCUGGCUGACUAAGGUCAAGCAUGGCCACUCCAAGCUGGUCUGGUGUGCUCUUGUUGGGAGAACCUUCUACUACUAUCGAAGCCAUGAGGACAAGCGACCCCUGGGCCAUCUGCCUGUGCGGGACGCAUGCAUAGAGGAAGUAGAUCGAUCCUGUGACUCGGACGAGGACUAUGAGGCUGGAGGAACCAGGCAGCUGCUGUCUUCCCACUGCACCCUGGUGAUCCACCCACCGGAGCACAGCCCCACCUACCUCCUUAUUGGCACCAAGCAUGAAAAGGAUACAUGGCUUUACCACCUCACAGUGGCUGCAGGUGGCAGCAGUGCCAAGGUGGGCACUGCCUAUGAGCAGCUCAUUGGAAAGCUGAUGGAUGGUGAGGGAGACCCAGACUCCCCGCUCUGGAGGCACCCCAUGCUGUGCUACAGCAAAGACGGGCUGUACACCUCCCUCACCACCCUGCCCUCCGAGGCCCUGCAGACAGAGGCGCUCAAGCUCUUCAAGUGCUGCCAGCUCUUUGUCAAUGUGCCCGUGGAAGCCGCCUCAGUGGACUACCACGUGUCCUUGGCGCAGACAGCGCUGCAGGUCUGCCUGGUUCACCCUGAGCUGCAGAGCGAGAUCUACUGCCAACUCAUGAAGCAGACCAGCUGCCGCCCGCCUCAGAAGUGCUCCCUCGUGCAGUGCUGGCAGCUCCUGGCUCUGUGCGCCCCACUGUUCCUGCCUCAGCACCACUUCCUCUGGUACGUCAAACAGCAGCUCCAACGCCAUGCAGAUCCCAGAAAUGAAACCGGCCAGUACGCCACGUACUGCCAGCGGGCGGUGGAGCGGACGCUGCAGACUGGGGAGCGGGAGGCCAGGCCGUCGCGCAUGGAGGUGGUGUCCAUCCUGCUGCGCAAUCCCUUCCACCACUCCUUGCCCUUCAGCAUCCCCGUGCACUUCGCCAACGGGACCUACCAGGUGGUGGGUUUUGAUGGCUCCUCUACAGUUGACGAGUUCCUCCAGCGGCUGAACCAGGAGAUGGGCAUGAGGAAGUCAUCCCACUCUGGCUUUGCCCUCUUCACGGAUGACCCUUCUGGCAGGGACCUGGAACACUGCCUGCAGGGGAGUGUCAAGAUCUGCGAUGCCAUCUCCAAGUGGGAACAAGCCCUGAAGGAGCUGCACAGCGGAAAGUCUGAGGGUGGCACACGUGUCGUGAAGCUGAUGUACAAGAACAGGCUGUACUUCCGGAGUCAAGUCAAAGGGGAGACAGAGCGGGAGCGGCUGCUGCUCGCCUCCCAGACUAGUGGAGAGAUAGUGGCAGGGAGGUUUCCUGUCAACAAGGAGCUGGCUCUGGAGAUGGCCGCCCUGAUGGCCCAGGUAGAGUACGGGGACUUGGAGAGGCCCACACCGCCGGGCUCUGGGGGCACACCCCCCACCAAGGCUCAACAUCACCUUCAGCAGGUCCUAGACAGGUUCUACCCAAGGCGCUACAGACAUGCGGGCCCCCCUGAACAGCUGAGGCACCUGGCCGAUCAGCUGACCACAAAGUGGGCAGCCCUGCAAGGCUGCUCCUCUCCUGAGUGCGUCCGCAUCUACCUGACAGUGGCCCGGAAAUGGCCCUUCUUUGGUGCUAAGCUCUUUGCUGCUCAGCCUGCACAGCUAUCUUCCAAGGAGAACGGUCUGGUGUGGAUUGCUGUGAAUGAGGAUGGUGUCAGCAUCCUGGACCACAACACUAUGCAAGUGCACAUCACUUAUCCCUACUCUUCGGUGAUGACCUUUGGUGGCUGCCGGGAUGACUUCAUGCUUGUGAUUAGAUCCACUCUGGACCAGAGCUCUGGAAAAGGACACACUGAGAAGCUGAUCUUCCGGAUGGCUGCUCCCAAGAUUGCAGAUGUGACCUUUAUCAUGGCCAGCUACAUGAACCACUGCUCCACAGCGGUGAACGCACCCACCCACCCGCCUGCUGCCUGCCAGCCAUGGGAACUGGACCGACGACAGUUCUUCACUUCUGCUCCAUGUGCUGCCAAGGGGCCAACGUUGCUGUGAAUAUUUCUCCUACCCCCUUCCUCACCACCACCUAGUGCCUCUGAGAUGAGAGAGAUGUAUCCGGGGGUACGAUACUACUGUGAUGGGUCUAACCCGCCCCAGUUUGCCCUGUGAAAUGUGUGUUUCAGUGUCCACGAAGCCUUUACUGUCUCGGUGCCUUACAGUGCUUCAGGGCUAACCUUUAAUGAUCCAGACCACUCUUUUUUUCACAAGAAUACUGAGCUCUGGAUGCCGCCUGAUUCUCCACACAGACAGGGACGGCCCACUGUUACUGGUUACUGAGGGCAUCAGUGCUGUAAGUCAGCGUUUUCUGCACUGAUCCUCUCAGGGAGACUAAUUUUUUUAUAUUGUAUAUGGCACUUAUGUGGGGAUUUAUACUUGAAGUUUUCCCAACAUCCCCGAACAGGAGAGAACUAAAAUUUCCAAUUCACCUGAACUCUGACAAAAGCCAAGAACUCACUAAAACUGGACUUCCUUUCCCACAUGGGAAAGCUGCUUUCGGUAGGGCUGGAGGAAAAGCAGUAGACUUCCUUUGCCCAUCCCCUGCUGCACAUGAGCAGGCAUCGGCGGCGCCCUCUGUGGGCAGCACUUGUCUUUGCAGGACAAGGCGCCGUCUCGGCUGAGACUAAGCUGUUCUCCUCACACUGGACUGUUACUCCAACUGAGUAUAAGGGCAGGGGGUAGGUCCAACCUGACCCCUGUCUCAUUUUAAUGACUGAACAGGGCUCAGUGAAGGCUGUGCUUACUACUGUGGGACAAGGUGGUUGUCACUUGCUUCCUUUUCUUUAAAGACCAAGCAAAUGCACUCUGCUUUUUGCUGCUCCGUGAGGCCACCAAAGAUGAGUCAGAAACAGAAGACCCCUCCUGUGGGUCUGGAUUUGCUCCUCAAGACUUCUGGCAAACUUGCACUGGGAAUUAUUUUGAGGGCCGAGCACACAUGUGAUUUCUGUCCUAGCUUAAGAGCAUCAGGUGGAAGAAAUGGAAACUUUUACCUUUUGCCUUCCUGAUGAUACCAAUAUCCUCCAAAACCAAAUAAGACCUUCUGUUGAGGGCAGAGAUGAUCUUUGUCUCCACUCCCCUCAACAGGAAAAAAAAAAAAAAAGACGAAAGAGUUCAUUCAUACUCUGAUUUUUACAACACUGGAGAAACUGAGUUUUUAUUUCAUAGCUCUAAGGCAGUCUUACCAUUUGUCAAGAAAGUGCUGAGCCAACUGUAUGGGUUUGGCAGGAGCAUUCAGGCACCAAGCCUUUAACCCCAACAAAGUGUGUGUAUGUUGCACACUGCAAAAACUGUGAGGCUGGAAUUAGUUUUUCUGAACACCUCAGCUGCUGUAAGCUUCCCCUCUCUCGCCCUUUAAACUGACAAGCAUGAUUUUUUAAAAAAAAAGCACAUCAGAGUGUCUCCCUCUUCUAAAUGAACUUGACUUUGCCAGGCUGGCAAUUUUACAGCUGUCUCCCGUUUCUGUUCCUGCCUUUCUCUCAGGAUUUGGGAUGUAGCUGAGACAUUUCUACCUCGAACAAGUCACACGUCACAUGUCCCACAGGCUCCAGAAUAAACCCUCUAGGGCUGGUGUAAAAGGCAGAAAUUACAGCUUUGGCUUUAUAAUAUCUUGAGUGUCUCUAAGGCAAAUAAGGAUUUAUCACCUACCUGGGAGUUUAAAAAAAAAAAGACCCCAAAGAAAAUGUAAGCAAGAACAGAGCUAUGUUUGUAUUGAAUUUGGGGGUCAAGCUAUUUCCUGCACCCUGUCUUCUUCCCAACCCUCCAGGAAUCCUUCCUUAGUUUAUUAACUUUACACAGAAGAAACUGCCUUAUAAGCAAAGGCUUCUAUACUAUGCAUGUUUAUUCCUCUGUAAUGUAUCUGGAAACCAAAGUCAAAUUUCUGUCUGGCCUUUCAUCUCAUCCCUCUUGGCAAAAGAAGUUUCUGAAGCCGUAGACAAUGCUGAGUUAACAAGAGUAUUUAUUAAUGUGCUUGACACCCAUGACUGAAAUGCCACGAUCAUGUCUGUCCAUAAAAAGCAGCUGUCUGAACCAAGAAAUUAUUGUGUAUGUUUUAGAAGGAGAUCUGUUUAUUAAGAGAAUCAUCAUAAGUUAACCCUUUACAGAACACAGGAGCAAGGUGGACAGAGACUACUCUUUUGUAAGACAUUUCUUCCUACUAACCAGUACCUGAAGGGCUUGCUUUUUUCCCUUAACUUUUACACAGGGGUACUGUGCAGUUGGAAAUUAUCUUUCUCACGAGAUCUGAUGUCAGUUUCCCAUUCUUGCUCCACAAAUUUCAACAAAAAGUAAACCUGAAUGUGCUUAGGGAUUUCACACGGUGCUCUUUGUCAACAUUACUUCUGACGUACUGUUUCAAGGUCUCUCCUCAGUUGGCAAAGUAAACAAAACCCUACAAGGGGAACAUUAAGUACACGUAAAUACUUUGCUCAACAUCACACAGUAAGUUAGGUUUCCAGUCACCUGCUCCAUGACUCGGAGAUCCACUGCAUCCAUACUGGUUCCUCGGACUGUGUGCACGUGAUGGGUUAGAACACAGAAAACAAACCAGCCACGUGGCUUCGCAGUCACCUCCCCUGGAAGACAACACUGGUCUUCUGAGUGCUGGGACUCACAGGCUUGUGGAGGGUGCUUUCUGGUGUGCCAGGAUCUCCUGGCAGCUCUUGUACACUUCAAUCAAGCAGUCCAGCCGGGGCUUGGCACUCUGAAUUCCAAAGAGGAGAAGUGCAGAGUCAAGGUGAACGUAAGACAGUGCUUAGUGGUGCUGCACCCAUGUGCAGCCUCAACUCCCACCCACAUCCGGGGGUCUCAAUGGCACCGCUGUGGGCUCAGGGAGGCAGAAGUUCAGGCCUCGUAGCAUCAUGCUGGGAGGAGUCUCUCACCAGGCCCACAGCCUGGCUGUGAACUGGGGGAAGCAGGAGCUCAAAAGACAGUUUUUAAUCUGUCUAAGUUUCACGACCUCCACCUAAGAGCAGGCAAGAGGAAUAAGUAUCUAGAUUCUACUUGACUAGCAGAGGAGAUAGACAGUUAAAAACAAGAGAAAAUCCUGAUAGGUAAUACAAGGAAAUAUGAGAAGUCUCUGUCAUUUAAAAAGAUACAGAAAUAUAAUAACUCUAAACUCCUUUACCUACAUACUGAGCUAAAAACUAGCCAAACCCACUGUUAGCCAAGACUAUAGAAAAGCAAGUACAAAUUCCCAGAAGUAUGGUAAAGUUGCCCAAUCUCUGGAGCCGAAUCUCAAAAACUGUUAAAAUCUAUGAAACUAUCCAUAAGCUUUAAUAAAAUAAUUUUAAACUAGAAUGUAAAAGAAUUUUAGCUUAGCUGCCUUAAAUCCUUUGUGAAAAAGGGUAGUGAGGCAGAGUUAACUGCAUAAAUACUUUAUAUGCCUAUAAAAUAAUUUAUUAUGA